UAUGGAUCUCUAAUAUUAAGAAUAAUUAAAUAUUAAAAGAACUCUAGAAUAUUGGAUUCCUGGAGCUACAUUUGAAUAAAUGAAAUAGAAAUUAAAUUAAAAGCCUAUAUCUUAAUUCAAAAAGGAUGAUUUUUUAAAUGAAAUCAAAUUCGGAAAAGCCAAUAUAUAUUAACAAGACGAUAAAUAUUUAUCAGAAACUGAAAAAGCUUAUUUAAUUGCAUACAACCCAGAAAAAAGAGUAAGAAGCGAUUAUGAAUGUAUGUUUAUGAGCAAUGAUGAAAAAACAUCUGAUAGAGAAGAAUAAACUAAUUAAAAAUGUGAAAACCCUAAUUGUCCAGGAACAGACACCAAAUGGAUUGAAUGCAGUGAAAAAAAAUGUUGGUAUCAUUAAAGUUGCGCAGGAAUACCUCUUAAUAAAACACAAGAAGAAAUUGACUAGAUGGAUUGGAAAUGCAAAAAAUGUAGAAAAAGGUGAUGAAAUUAAAUAAUAUUUAUAUAUAUUUUUAUCAAUGUCUUAAUAAUUAGAAGAUUUUCUAGGAUGUCUAUAGGUUAUAGCUAACAUUUAUAAAUCUUAAGAAUAAGCCUGUAUUCUAGUUUUUAGAUCAAUGUCACCAAAUUAAAAACAAUCAUUUAUAAAAUGAAAAAGAAAAAUUUUAGAGAGUAUAGUUUAUUUUUUAUUUAUAAGCAUAUAGUUAUUUAUAAACUUCUAAUUCAAUCCUAGAAUUGACUAUUUAAUUAAAAAUUAUAACAAAAUCAGAGGAAAAAUUAUAAUAAACAAUAAACUCUUUUUAUUUUUUAGAUUCUAAUUUUAAAAAUUCAUUAAGAGGUGUAAUUGAAGAGGGAAGCAAUAGCAUUUAAACAAAAAUUAGAGGUUGUACAAGAGUAAUUUAAGAAGUUGCUCCUGAAAAAGCUAUUAUUCCCAUAAUGUUGUUUAGUAAAUUUAAUAUCGGGAACUUUUCAAAUUUAAAAUAAAUUAAUUACUUAAAAAUCAACAUUCAUAAAAUAAAUAAAGUUUAUUCAUUUUUAAAGUACUUAAUUUACGAAAUUUUAAUUAAAAUUCGAAAAACUUUUUGA